GGCCUCCAGCGUCCCUCGCCCCCAAAAGAACAUAGACUGCAACGCUAGUGGCCAUUACAAGAACUACAAAAUUUCCUCACUAAGCGACCUACCCCCACCAUCGAAAAUUAGAGGCAGUCGGGAGACCUGUAUACAAGACCGUGCCAUAAGGAAACAAAACAGCUGACCGCAGUAACGUGCGCGAAAGUAGAUUCCGUAACUGAAUGAAUUGUCUCACACGCCUUCGAAUUUGUUGCACGGAUGAAUAACACUACGAUGUCAGCGACCAAGAAACACACGACCGAGAAACAGCGGCUGAAAAAGAUGAGCAAGGCGCAGGUGCAGUUAGCUGUGAUAAAAAAGAAGCGAUGCGAUGCGAAAGCCCUCGCGAUAGUCGAACAGCUCCUGGAGUCGCACGUGAAUCCUGACUGGCUCCUCCAAAAUCUAGGAUUCAUAAGUAAAAGCCACAUGGAAGAUGCGAUAGAGGAGAGAGCGAUAGUGAAGCUGUGCGGUUACGUUCUCUGCUCGAAUCAACUGACCGUCGUCAUCCGGCAACAGUUUCACAUAUCGAUGCGCAGGAAUAAGGUGUACGACGUGAGCAGGCGGAAGAACUUUUGCAGCUCGUCGUGCUAUGGGGCGGCCCAAUUUCUCCUAGAGCAGAUGCUCGAGAGUCCGCUGUGGUUGAGGGAGAAAGAGGACACAACACCGGUCUUCCACAUUCUGCCUCUCAACUCUACACCUGGGCAGUGCGGGGACGAGAUCAACGUGGAAUAAUAAGUAUUAAAAACAAAUUUUGCCUCGGAAUCUUGAAAAAGGCCUCCGAUGGCAGAUUGGAGGAAAAAAAAUUGCAAGAGUUCGAUUUAGACUGUAAUGCCGUUGAAUAAAUAGAAUAACAUUUUUUCA